UGCAGGAGGGAGGGGGGCAGAGGAGGUAAAAAAUUUUCCUCUUUUGUAGGAUUUUCUCUGCACAACGGAUUAAAAAAAAAGAGAAAAAGAAAAAAAAUCUUAUUUCCCCCCUUGUCGCCUGUUCGGCUGUGCGGCCGCUUCCCCCCCCCUCUAUUCCCCCCUAUUCCCCCCCUCGCCCUGAGGCACAAUGCUCCGCUCCGGCUUCCCUACCCGUCUGCCGCCGCCGCCUGGCCCCGGACUGACAGCCUCUCCCCGCCUGCCUCUCUAACGCACCUACCGGAGACUUACGGGACCGGACUCCCUCCCUUGUUAGGAUUCCUGUGACUGGAUAUUCCGGAGCUGGGACCAGCGUGGCGUCCCCCCCACUCAGCCAGCGCAGCGAGGGAUAGUGGGGGAGUUUAUGUUCUCAGAUGCCUGCAGGGGAAAUGGGGCCUCAGCUCCCUGCAAUAUGAAAACUCGUCAGAACAAAGACUCAAUGUCGAUGAGGAGUGGAAGGAAAAAGGAGAGUGUGGGCCCAAGGGAAGAGCGCAGAGCAAGGGGGAGAGCCUCCCCAGGUGCCAUCAGCACCUCGAGCAGCGACAGCAAGAGUGAGAAGGGGCGGCCGAGCGGAAAGAAGGGAAGAAUGGAAGAUUCUGUCCCAAAAAACAGCAAGCGGGAGCGAGUAAAGGAUUCCUCUGAGAGUGAGGGGGAGGCCGGGAAAACCCAGAAGAAAGCCAAGAUGGAGUCUCCUGAGGUCCCGCGUCCUCCCCCAGAUGACGAAAGCCUCGAUGGUCAGAGUGGCAAUGAGGAUGGCGGCAGUGACCCACGUGACAUUGACCAGGAUAACCGCAGCACUUCCCCAAGCCUACACAGUGGAGAUAGCGAAAGUGAUGCUUCCUCUGUUCCAUCCCCCAAAUCUUUCCCUCUUUACCGAGGCUCCUCUCCCCCACGACCUUCUUCCUCACCUAUUUCUGAGCCCACAGUUCUACCGCCCCCAUCUCAAGCUCCACAAACAGCAACCCAGAUUGAGCCACAGGCACCACGACCGUACCAACCGACGCAUCUUCCACAACUGUAUCCAAGUAAUGGUGGACUAGUCAAGGCGGGGCCUCCUCAGCCUGCCCAGGUCAAGCCUCCACCCACCACUCCAAUAGCAGGACUGGGCUCCCCCAGACCAUUAGGCUCCCCCACAGCCCCAGCUUCUGCACCUACCAAUUGUUCCUCCUCUGCAUCUUAUCCUCAUGUGUCUCACAAUUUGCCACCACCCCCGGCUCUUCGUCCACUCAAUGCAUCACCUGGACUUCAAUCUCAAGUGGCAGAAAAGGUUGGCCAGCCACUCCCACCUACAUCUGCUUCACUUCGUUAUCCCCCUUAUCCUGGGCAAUAUCCAUCCAAUUAUCCUCACCCAUACCCUACACAGGGCAAGUAUAACCAACCACAGCCUGGCCCCCAUUCUUCCUGGGGACAGAGUGGUCUAAACUAUGGGCGUGGGGGAGGAGGCCCCUCGUAUCCACAGCCACCCCCCCAAAAUGGACAAGCAGCAGGUGGAGGGCAGAAUAUUGCUGGGGGAUUUCCACCCCCCCACCAUGGAAGCGCAAGGGCUCAGUCCCCUCUAAAUAACCACCCACCUCAUCCUCACCCCACUACUGGUGGAAUUCAGUCUCCAGCCUCCCAAAUCAGUGUUCUCCACUCUCACGGAGGGGCAUCGGGCACUAGAGGGCAGUCUCCUAACCACCCUCUGAAUAAUGCCCAUCACCCUCACAUUCUACCAAACAGGGGGCGCUCACCUACCCCGCAGAGCAACCUGACUCCUGGGAGCACACCUCAGUCAGGCCACCAGCCAGCUCACAUCUUACCGGGUGGAAUUAUUUCUCCAAAUCCUCCCCCUCAGAACAAUACCCAGCUGACAUCUUCAACAGGAGGAAGUGCGAGGGGACAGUCGCCUGCACCUACAAAUACCCCUCACCUCCUUCCCCAAUCCAAUUCAUCAAGUGGGAGCAUGGCUUAUCCUGCGCCAGCGGAGCCCUCAAACCCACCAUCUACACACCCUGUCUACCAGCCUCAUUCUUCUCCAUCUGUGUGCCAGUACCCCCCCAGCUCUCAGACGUAUCCCAACUAUCCCUUUCAGGGCUACAAAGGUGCACCUCCAGCUGCUCCACCUUAUAAAACUGCCCCACCACCACCUUAUAAGCCAGGAUCUUUCCCUGCCUCCACACCUCCUCCUCCUUCCCAGGGAUUCAAGGAGGCAUCUCCUCCGGCAACGGCUCCUGCCCCUCAACCCGUCCCUCAACCUGUCCCUCAACCACCAGCCCCUGCUCCUGUUCAGAUAAAACAAGAACCUCCCGAAGAGGUUGAAGGUGAAGGAGAAAGUCCAGUUCCUCCUGUCAGCAGCCCCUCACCGCCCCCAAAACUUGUGGAUACACCAAGCCAUGCCAGUCAAUCAGCUAGGUUUAACAAGCACCUUGACCGAGGGUACAACUCUUGCUGUCGCACUGACCUUUACUUUGUGCCUCUGGAAGGCUCCAAACUCUCCAAGAAGAGGUCUGAGCAGAUAGAGAGAGCUCGGAGAGAGAGCGAGCAGAGAGCACGCGAGGAGCGAGAAAGAGAAAGAGAGAGGGAACGUGAGCUGGAGAGAAACACGAAGUUGGAUUCCCGCUCCCAUGACUGCCCCCAGCUCUGUACUCAGCCCCCUUCUCACCACCCAUCCUUGGCUUUGCCCUCCCCUUCCUCUGCUGCCAACCGACCACCCCAUUUUGAGCCCCCCGGGGCAGUGGCGGCAGUGCCACCCUACCUGGGACCUGACACUCCAGCCUUGCGCACCUUAAGUGAAUAUGCCCGCCCUCAUGUACUCUCGCCGGCAGGGCGAGCUCAGCCCCCAGGGCACCCCCCGCACCACCCUUUUUAUCUGCCCCUUGGAGAUCCCUUGCUUGCCUACAACCUGCCUGCCGUGUUUGCCAGCGACCCAGCUCGUGCAGAGAGGGAGCUGCGGGAGAGGCUGAAGCCCGGCUAUGAAGUAAAACCCGGAGAACUGGAUCCCCUGCACCCAUCUUCCAUUCCCCUCCCACCUCCUCCUCCACACCACCAUGCCCCUCAUCAGCCCCCUCCCUCGGCUGCUGGGGUCCCUCCACAGAUGGCACUGCACCCUGCCUUCCCCUAUCAUCAUGGGCAACAUGCACAUGCCCACGCCCUUGAGCGGGAAAGAUUGGCAUUGGGUGCUGCGGCCGCAGGGCCAGGGGGUGCCCAAGGAGCAACAGCGGCAGCUGGGGCAGGACGGGGGGAACUGUCCUAUGCAGAGCGUUUGGCUGCAGAGCGGCAGCAUGCAGAGAGAGUGGCGGCACUGAGUGGGGACCCACUGGCAAGACUCCAGAUGUUAAAUGUGACCCCUCAUCAUCACCAGCACUCACAUAUCCACUCACACCUCCACCUACAUCAGCAGGAUGCCAUCCAUGCAGCUUCUGCUGCUGUGCACCCCCUCAUGGAUCCCCUGGCAUCUGGUUCCCACCUCACGCGGAUCCCGUACCCAGCGACGACUCUGCCAAACACUUUAAUUCCCCACGCCCUGCACGACAGUGAUGUUCUCCGGCAGCAAAUAUUCGCUUCCCCCUACCGGGAUCUCCCAUCCGCACUCUCGGCUCCUCUGUCGGCCGCUCACCAGCUGCAGGCCAUGCAUGCCCAGUCGGCCGAGUUACAGCGCCUUGCCCUGGAACAGCAGCACUGGCUGCAAACUCAUCAUCCCUUGCAAGGUGUCCCUCUCCCUGGACAGGAAGACUACUACAGUCAUUUGAAGAAAGAAACAGAUAAAUCUCUGUAACAUCCGCUGGGACCACACAGGGACCAGAGUCCAUCUCACUGCUCGCAGGCUUCUGACUGGCCGAGACCACGUCCUAAGUCCAGAGGUGAUAGGUCAGAGUGCAGCCUGUUCUACAGAUAGAGAAUGGCUCUCCAGCAGCGCGUUGCACUGUGACAAUGAAUUACCCCUACACAGAAGAUCAUUUUAAAUAAAUACCCCAUUGCAGAGACCCAAACCCUUCGACAGAGAGCGCGACACGCUGUGAGACCCCCGCUGGCAUCCUGGGCCUGAGCAGACAGAGACUCUAAUGCGGAGAUGGUGUGCAAUACAGAGGGGCCCAUAGAGACAGAGAUUAUUCAUUAGCCAGCAGCAGAUAAUGGAAAUGAAGGUGUUAAGGCCAACAGGUAGGGGUAAGACUGCCUAUAGGAGGCGACAGUGAGACAGCCACUCUUUGACAAACGCUCGCUACAUUAAUUGGUCUUCUUUGCUCAGUCAGGGAUGUCCAACAUGCAGUGUUUGUAGAACUACAUCUUCUAACAUUCAUCCCCACCGGGAAUGAUGGGAACAGUAGUUUAAAAUAAGCUGCAGGAAUGCUAGUUGGAUAUUACUGUCCUUUAUUGGUUUGUUCACUUAUAUGGAUGAAAAGCACUUCCAGUUCUGACACCCAUAGGGGAGUCCCAUCUGUAGAGUUGGAUUCGAGUAAAAAAAAUGUGCAAUGCUGUCUGGUUGCUAAGCUCACUGACCCUAGCAACCAGGAAUCUGACUUAGCACAAGGCUUAAUAUUUAUUAUUUUUAUGUUAACUUAUUCUAGUCAGGUCCUGUCCUACUGCAGUUCCAGUCUGUUGUUUGGCCUGCCUUUGCUUAAAGGGCAAGCUGGAACGCUCCAAAAAAAAAAAAAAAA